AGCGAGUUUAUACGUGAGUGAGUGCGAGGAGAGAGUGAGCGUGUGCGUGUGUGCGCGUGCAGAAUCAGACGCGCAUGUCUCAGAGAAACUCAGAGAGUCUGCAGACAAGCACAUUAUAAUGAUUCUCUGUGUUGUGGAUUUAAAAGCUUCUGGAUUAUCAAAGUACUUGAUUUUAGAGCUCAUAACGGAGUCCGGAGGUAGGAAAAUACACCGUAUAUGAACAUGGUGCCUGCAUAGUGUGUUUGAAUUAAUGCAUGUGUGUUAUGACUGUAGCUAUUCUAAGGCUAUAUUGGCACAAAACCGUUGUUUUUUUCUGAAAAUGUACAGGAUUUUGUCCUUUAAUUAAUCCUUUAAAUAAAAUAAAUCCUAAUCCUUUAAAUAAAAUAUCAAUAACCUUUUUUAAAUAUGUUAUUGUAAUAAAAAAGUGGGAAGAAGUUUUAACUUCUUCAACAAAUUAAAACUCUUUUUAAGUUUUUUUUUUAUUUCCAAAGAAUUAAUUACUUUUACAUGAACUGCAGUUUGAAGGUUUAUCCUAAUAUAAUAGUAUAGUAUAUAACGGCUCAGAUGAAUCCAAACUUGCAUUAUUUUCUGAGAAAUGUUACUAACAUCUUUCUGCUUUUCACCAUCUCUCCCAAAGUGUCUUUGUCUCAGUUUUGUCUCCUGUUACUAGUUUAUUCUUUGAAUCGUGGCUCAGCGAAGCGUCUAUUCAUAGGUUUACACGUGCACGUCUCUGUGUUUAUGUUUGAGCAUGUACUAUUGUAUGUGUUUAAGGAAAACCGGCAGCAGCUUCCUCUGUCCAAAUAUUAGAGUUUUUACGUGUCAGUCCUUUUUUUUGUGUUUGCUUACUGGUCACACUGAAACGGCCGAGUGUCUUUGUUUGUGUGUACUGUUCAAACAGCUCGGACAAGGAGAAAAGCAGAACCUCUUGCACAAUAUUGACUGUAUAUUCGUGCAGACAGACGUCCAGAUUACUGAUUGAUGAGUGUGGCCAAGCCACCGUUAAGGUCCUUUACAGCGAAGGGGCACGUUCAGGCUUUUGGGGGAAAGCAGUGAGUGUAGUCUAGCCAUUCAUUUAUUUAUAUUAAAUCUACUUUCUAAGCAUAAAAAUUAUUGACUGUUUUUUAAAAUGAACCCACAGGUGAUUUUUCAGGUAUAAUGAGCUUCUCUAAGAAGGACUGACAGGACACUAAGACGCAUUAUUUGUGGUUGCCUUCAACACAGAGGCUUGUUGUGAGAUGACAGACACUGUGGUCAUGGUAAAAACCAUGGUGUUUUUUUAAGAGCUUCCCAAAUUCAGCCACAGAAGAGCUGGGUAAAUAGCACAGAAUCAAUGCGCCUCUUUACAGCUGGCAUCGAUUUGGGUGCGAGCACAAGACUCCGAGUGUGUGAGCACAGGAGGUGCAGUUGAGCUGAACAACCUCUGGAGGGAAAAACGCGCCGCUUCCUGGCGAAAGGCCGUCCAGACGUCGCCCGCUGCGUCCUGACGCGCUGCUGAGUUUGCAGGUUUAUGCCCUGAUUCCACAGGACGGACGCUCAGAGUCAGACAGGAAUCGCCAGGCGGCUCCUGCUGUAAAACGCUCCGUGGGUGUUUUUCCAACACACACAGACAUAUGUGCUGUUGCAUGACUUUAAAUUAAAGAAUACAACUUGUUCAUUGUUUAACCUAAACAGGAGCCACAGAUAUUUAGGAUUCCUGCUCUGGCUUCCACAUUCAUGCAUUUAUACAAUGCAGACGUCUCACACCAUAAAGUCUAAAAACUCCCACACCCACUGGUUGUGAUGUGUGUGUGUGUGUGUGUGUGUGUGUUUGACGCUGUGUGUGCUGUGAAUGCAGAUCAUGGCCUCGGUCGGCGCUGCGCUAACGCUGGCUAACCUGUCGCCGCCCGUCAACGCCUCGCCGGCCUCCCAUCCGCCGCCCAGCCCGUCGGAGUACAGCCCCGCGGAGCUGCUGCUGCUGGGCGUGGCCAUGGCCGCCCUGGUGCUGGUCGUCGUCCUCGGCAACGUGCUGGUCAUCGCCGCCAUCCUGCGCUUCCCGCGGCUGCAGACGGUCACCAACCUCUUCAUCGCCUCGCUGGCGGCGGCCGACCUCAUCAUGGGCGUGGUGGUGGUGCCCUUCGGCUCCAGCUACAUCCUGCUGGAGCGCUGGCACUUCGGGAGCUUCAUGUGCGAGUUGUGGACGGCCACGGACGUGCUGUGCGUGACGGCCAGCAUCGAGACGCUGUGCGUGAUCGCCCUGGACCGCUACCUGGCCAUCACGCUGCCGCUCCGCUACCCGGUGCUGCUCACCAGGACGCGGGCCUUUGUGGUGGUCCUCGGGGUCUGGGCCGUGGCUUCCCUCAUCUCCUUCCUGCCCAUCCAUCUGAAGCUGUGGGUGGCACGCCAUGAGGCGGCGCAGCGGUGCUUGGCCGACGCCACGUGCUGCGAGUUCAACACCAACCCGGAGUACGCGGUGUCGUCCUCCAUCGUGUCCUUCUACCUGCCGCUGGGGGUCAUGGUCUUCCUGUACUCGCGCGUUUUCCAGGAGGCCCAGAAGCAGCUGGAGAAGAUCCGCGGACAGGAGCGGCACCUCUGUAACUCGCACUACACCGGACAGCUGGCUUAUCCCGACGAAAGCCCCGCCGUGAAUAAGACGGAGGUGGGAGGAAAGGCGAAGGAGGAGGAGACGGAAAAGACAGGAGAGAACAGAGCGAGGCUGGAAAAAGCAGGGAAACACUCUGCAACAAAGCGCCUGAAGUUCUGUCUGAAGGAGCACAAGGCUGUGAAGACUCUGGGCAUCAUCAUGGGCACCUUCACACUUUGUUGGCUCCCUUUCUUCAUCCUCAACAUCAUCACCAGCUUCCUGGACUUAGGCGACGAUAAACUGCUCUUCAGGCUCCUCAACUGGCUCGGCUACUGCAACUCGGCCUUCAACCCGUUCAUCUACUGCCGCAGCCCCGACUUCCGGCACGCCUUCCAGGAGAUACUGUGUCUGAGGGGCAGCGGGCGCGGCAGGGAGAGGAGGGGGGCGUGGGGAUGGUGCCGGGACAGGGAGCGGUACUCCAAAGCGCCGGGCAGGACGAGCGGCGGCCCGGUUCUGAGCGCCGGCCCGGCUCUGAGCGGCGCCGUGGCGUGGACCUGCAGCGCGGACGUCCAGGACCCGCCGCACCCGGCUCCGCCCCCGGCCUCCUGCUGUGAGCAGGCGUUGGAGGUGGCUCCGGGUUCCCUGGCGCAGUGGGCGGCGAGCGGCGCCGCUAACGGGGGCCGUGAGGAGAGCCUGGCUUCUGUGGCGUGACGUCAGGACUGGAGGCGGCGCCGGGCCGAUGGCACCGAGGGGCAGCUGCCGCGCGAUGCAGCCGCUGCGCUGCACUGUGCGAACGUUUCACAACAUAUCACAGCUCAGCAAAGCGCAUCCGCAGGCGCGUCGGAGUUCAAAGUGUAGAACCGCAAAAGCGGUGAAAGUCACGCAAACAUUACUCGCUUCAUCGGACGAGUGCAACAGAGCGAGGUUCACGCUGUCAUGUCCAUGUUUACACGAACUGUGAUGUUAUGACUGACUGCACGGGAGUGAUGAUGCCGUACAGUUCUUACUCAUCCAUUCCAAGGUGUUUGUUCGUUCAAACCAGAGGCCAUUAAAUACUCGGUCCCUGUGACACCAUUACACCGACUUCUUCAGUGGCAGAAGAUACAGAAUGUAGCAAAAACAGGUGUAGCUGAAGCAGAUGUGAAAGUAGAAGCUGAAUAGGAUAAAACUCACUCGAGCUGCAACAGUGUGUGUGCGUGUGUGUGUGUGUGUGUGUGUAUGUGCGUGUAUGCACGCGUGUGUGUGUGCGUGUGUGUGCGUGUGUGUGUGUGUGUGUGCAUGCGUGUGUGCGUGUUUGUGUAUAUGUGUGUGCGUGUGUUCGUGUGUGUAUGUGCGUGCGUGCAUGCGUGUGUGCGUGCCUGCAUGCGUGUGUGUGUGUGUGUGUGUGUGUGUGUGUGUCCAUCUCGCCCCUGCUGUAGCAUCAGAUGGAGAGCUUGCUUCUCAGCUGCCACGUUGCUGCAGUCUGACUGCACUGACGUCUCAGGACCCGCUCGUUUAUUACUGUGGAGCCCACGUUGCAGCGCUGAGCACCUCCUGUGGAUCAACGACACCCUCAGACGUUGGAACGCUCAUUCUUCCUGCCCUGCGGCGGCUUCACAAUGGCCUCCUCACAUUAUGAGAACUGGUGUGUUUCUCAUUCCUGAUGAAGCUCUCAGCGGUGCAUAUUUGCAUGAAUGUGUGCUGAGCCUCCGACUUGUGGUCACGUUCUUUCUGCCUGUGAGCGCACACUUUGUGUCGUCUUUCUACGAUCGUUGUCGUCCACCCGCUGCAGCUCAGUGUGCGAUCACUGUGAUGCGUCACACGGAGAUCGUUCUCACGACGUGGGCUCUGCUUUUACAACGAGUGCUUUCCUGUUGCAUGACUCACAAACUAAAAGAGACCAUGACAGAUCUCACUAAGAUCAAACAUUGGGCUCUAAGUGGACAAACACUCCCCAGCUUUGCUUUUAUGUGUAUGUGUGUUCAAAGGAAUGAAUGAUGGCUGAUAGUGUACUGUAAAUAUUAUCUACAUUUCUGUGUGAUUAUUAUGAUUUGUGCCUUUUUAAGCUUGAAGAACCUUUGGAUAUUUGUAAUUUACUGUAUUGUGAAUGAAAGAUGAGGCGAGUUUAUGUUUUAAAUGCCUCCUGUCAGAUUUACAGACUGCCUGCUUUGUUUCACACGGUAAAUCUACGUGUUUAAAUGUAUCACGUGUGUUAAUACGCUUCAAGCAGCCCUGACACACACUCAAGGUUUGUGAUUGUAACGUUGUGCUCAUUAUGUAUGUGUGACCCGAGGCUCACGCUUUGUUGAAACUGAAAGACACUUGUAGCAUUUAAGGCGAAAAAAGGUUUCUAUUUUCUACCUCCAUCAGAGUCAUCUCUGUAAAUAUUUAUUCAUGGUGCUGGUGCAAAUGUGUGUGAGUAAAAGGCUGCAGCCGAAGCCGAAUCCUUUGCUUCUCUGGUCCUUUGAGACACAAAUGAGAUUCUGGUUUCAGCCUCCUUCUUUCUAUAUUGCAUGAAAUGCCUUGUUUUGGAAUUCACUGCACAAACAAGUGUGACAGGAACUGAACUAUUAAGAGAGGAGCUCGCAUUGGCGUCUGAGAUUUGCUUCCGUCCUGCAUCCUGUGACUCCACAUUCACAGGGCUUCAUUCCCCAGAACGCGCUGUCCAUGAGUCACGGUGUCUGUGGUGAAGUUGACUCCACCGUCGCUGAUUAUCUGCUCCAGAGCAGAGCAGGGUCUCAGAGGUGACGCUCGUCUUACCUUUUUAUUCUCAUAAUGACCGAAUAGAGGCUGAAUUUGCAUUCCAAUCUGGCCUCACAAACAUUACACCAACAAGCUUGAAGCAGCAAAGUUUUACUGCUGGUGAUCAUGGGAGACAAGCUGCCAGAAGGAGAAACGAAAACACAGUGAUGCGUUUAACAGAGCGAUCGCUGGGAAAACGAGCUUUAAGUGCUAUUUAAAGCCUGCUUUCCAACAACAACCUGGGGAAAUCGAGGUUUAUUUGACCAAACAACGAGGCUCAUUUAGGUUUUUUAUUGCUUUUUUUCCAGUUGAAUUUACUUCUGACUGUAGAUUUAUGUAUUUUUCAUGUUAUUUACCAAAGUCUCUUGUGGAAAACAAGCAUUUGUCUGACUGCAUUCAUUUCAAAUGGCUUAAAUGGUGCUAGCUCGGUUGUAACACUUAGCGGACAUGGUCAUUUGUCAAAGAUCCAGCUGUCUGAAAUCUGACAUCUAGUCCACAAAGAAGAAACAUUAUGCUGUUGUGGAAAUAGACGGAUCAUCAAAACGAUCCAAUUACGAAACCAGACAUAGUUUUUGCAUAACACAAAAGGCUCCAUGUCGACAAAUGAAAUGAUGGAGACAUGUGAUUCCUCACUGAGCCUCACCUUUAACCUUCACCCGGCCCAAAGGGACAGAGUGUUGUUGUGUUUAUGCACUCAUCCAAGUGAUUCAUGGAGACGGGACUUGUCUCUUCGCAUGAAGUGAAGUGUACGUGUGUGUAUCAGUGAGUUGGCAUAAUGCGUCUUCAUGGAGUUGUGUUGACACAUUUUAGCUCGACACCACACGCAAAGAGCUCGUAGGACUUCACCUCUCACAGGUUUGGACUUUUGCUGCCUAAGGUUGCGUGAAGGAGACGGCAUCAUGUCAAUGACGACGGAGAGUUGAGUGUGUGUGUGUGUGUGUGUGUGUGUGUGUGUGUGUGUGUGUGUGUGUGUGUGUGUGUGUGUGUGUUGUGACGCACAGCGACAGGUGCAGGGGGUCAGUAGCUACAGUAUCAGCUGCUGCAGAGGAAAUACAAUCAGACACACUGCCUUAGCAUGCACACACACACACACACACACACACACACACACACACACACACACACACACACACACACACACACACACACACACACAGACUGUGUUGUACGUACAUGAUACGUCUGUAUCUUGGAUUCAAAAAGCUGCAGUCAUUCAAUAAACACUGCACCAAAUCUUUCCAUUCCCUUCUUCUCACAUUAUGUUUACAUUUUGCCUCCACACACACACACACACACACACACACACACACACACACACACACACACACACACACACACACACACACACAUGCAUGCGUCUGUGAAGCGUGACCUGUUUCUAUAGAACCUGUUUCCACUCCAAGGUUGUUAAGGUCAUUGUGCUUAACAUGCAUGACUUCACGUUGUGUCACACUUUGCAUGUAUAUAUUUUUGUCCUGGACCCUGUUGCUGUUUACUCUGUUUACUGUAAGCAUUAAAAAAUGUGCAAUGCC